AUGAGCAAUAUAAAAGUGGCUGACGAUAUAUAUGUCGAUGAUGCUGUCACUUUUGACAGCCUUAAUUUAGAUCCAAGAAUUUCGCAGGCCAUUAAGCAGUUGGGGUUCAAAAACCCUACGUUGAUUCAAUCCAAGGCCAUUCCGUUAGCUGUGGAAGAUAAGAGUGAUAUUAUUGCCAAAGCAUCCACUGGUUCAGGGAAAACUGCAGCCUAUUUACUUCCAAUUCUCCACAGUAUUCUUCAAGAAUACGGAUCUAGUAGUUCCACUCAUGAAAUUAAAGCAGUGAUAUUCGUUCCAACUAGAGAACUUUCCAACCAAGUUAAUGAGUUUGCAAAAUUGCUUCUUAAAUUUUGUGGUAAUUUAAUUAACGUCCUUAACUUAUCUAACAAUUACAAUAACCAAGUGUUAAAAACCUUUUUAGAUGCUAAGCCAGAAAUAUUAAUCACCACCCCAAAUAAGUUUUUGAAGUUGAUCGAAGGGCAAGAAGACUCAGACCCACUUCUCAAUAUUUCAGAUUUACAGGAGUCUUUGCGUUUCAUAACUCUUGAUGAAGUUGAUUUAAUCUUAUCAUAUGGGUAUCAAGAAGACUUGAAUAAGAUUGUGGAGUUGUUGAAUUUAUCCAAAUUAAACGUUCAAACAUUCUUGAUGAGUGCUACUUUGACAGACGAUAUUACUGUUACUUUAAAGGAAACAUUUUGCAAGAAUCCUAAAAUUUUGAAGUUGAAUGAUGAGCAAGUGGUGAAGAACAAGGAUAAAUUGAUCCAAUAUUAUAUAAAAACUAGUGAAUUUGAUAAGUUCUUACUUAUAUUCAUAAUUUUGAAAUUAAACUUGAUCAAGGGAAAAAUUUUGUUGUUUGUUAAUAAUAUUGAAAGAGGUUACAGAUUGAAGCUAUUUUUGGAGCAGUUUGGGGUAAAGUCAUGUAUUUUGAAUAGUGAGUUGCCAAUAAACUCAAGAUUGCAUAUCAUCGAUCAAUAUAACAAAAAUUAUUACAACUUGUUGAUCGCGACAGACGACGUGAGUUCCCUUGAAGCUGACAACGAGGGCCCUGGAGAAAUUGAAGUUAACCAGAAUGGUGAACCGAAGACCGAAGAACAUGAAAGUAAGAAGGAAAAUGAUAUCUCUGAAAAGCAAAUAACAAAAAAUAACACCAAGUCCAACACUAAUAAGAGUAAGUCAGACAAAGAAUUUGGUGUCUCUAGAGGGGUCGAUUUUAAGAAUGUUGCUUGUGUUCUUAAUUUUGAUUUGCCAACUACUUCUAAGAACUAUAUUCACAGAAUUGGGAGAACAGCUAGAGCCAAUAAGUCAGGUAUUGCGUUGUCUUUUGUUGUGAAUUCUAAGGAUUGGGGUAGUCAUAGGCAAUCAUCACUUUUGACUGCCAAAAAGGAUGAAAAGAUUUUUGCAAGAAUUUUGAAUAAACAACAGAAAUUGGGACUCGAACUUCUUCCAUACAAGUUCAACAAGAAUCAUUUGGAUAGCUUUAGAUACAGAGUGGAAGAUGCUUUCCGUUCGGUUACUGGUACAGCAAUUAGAGAAGCCAGAAUCAAAGAAUUGAAACAAGAAAUUUUAACCUCUGAUAAAUUGAAACGUCACUUUGAAGAAAACCCACAAGAUUUGCAGAUCUUGAGACACGAUAAGGAUCUACAUGCUACUAGAACCCAAUCUCAUUUAAAAAGUAUUCCAAAUUAUUUGUUACCGGAGGGCAUGAAAGCAGAUACCACUAAUCCAACGUUUGUUCCAUUCAAUAAAGUGCAAAAGAAUAGAAAGAGACAUGGGAAAAAGAUGAAGAAACGGAGAGGAAAGGACCCAUUGAAGACUUUUAAAAGUAGAUAG